UACAGUUUUGGACGCGCGGGCUACCGUAGAGGAGCUCCAAAGAUGGCGGCUUCCAUGUGUUAACGUGAGAGUUGACUGGAAACAGAGCCAGGACUGACUGCUGGAGUGAGGAGAGAGUCACCACAGAACCACUAAUAUCUCUUUUAACAUAAAACCUGUCGACUAGCAAGGAAGGCGGUGUCCUGCUGCAGGUGUUGUCACAGACGGUGAACCUUUAUGUUGGUGCGGUCAGCUCGUCUGCUCACCCUCAUCAUCUCCCAUCAGCUUCACCCUUCCUGCAUCCGUCCAGCCGCACACACGAUCUGUCACAGACGGGGACUGAGAUCCAUGGAGCCCCCUAAAACUGCCCCGGGCUCUGAGAACGAUACCUCCAAACCUCCUCCUCCUCCUCCCACUCCUACUCCUACAGCUGAGGUCAAGACUUCUGCUCCAACAGACGCAGCAUCUGAGACGGAGGAGAGACUUCCUGAGGGGCUGCUACCUGGAGAGACGGUGGUGAAGGAGGGAAAGGCGGCCAUCUUGUUUCCCAGUGCCAACGAGGUGUUUUACAACCCGGUCCAGGAGUUUAACAGAGACCUGACAUGUGCCGUGAUCACAGAGUACGCCCGAGAAGUGCUGGCUCAGCGCGGGGUGAAGGUGGUGGUGCCGGGGGAGAAGGAGAGGGUGGUGGUCUCUCUGUCGGAGGAGACAAAUGAGGCGGACGAUCAGAUGGAGCAGAUAAACCAAGCGGAGGAGCCGGCUGUAAAUGCAACAGUGGGGGAGGAAUGUGAGCAUGGUCUUCGUGUUCUCGAGGGGCUCGCUGCGUCCGGUCUGCGCUCGGUGCGUUUCGCUCUGGAAGUCCCCGGCCUGAAGAGCAUCACUGCCAACGACUUCUCCGCCAAAGCCGCCGCGCUGAUCGCCAGGAACGCCCAACACAACGGCGUCAGCCACCUGCUGAAGGCCAGCUGCAAGGACGCCAGUAUGCUGAUGUACGAGAGGCGAGGGAAGAAAGAGCGCUACGAUGUGAUCGAUCUGGAUCCCUACGGCAGCCCCUCUGCCUUCUUGGAUUCAGCAGUGCAGGCCGUCGGUGAAGGAGGUCUGUUGUGUAUAACGUGCACAGACAUGGCCGUGAUGGCAGGAAACAGUGGAGAGACCUGCUACAGCAAAUACGGUUCAGUCUCCAUCAAAGCCAAAUACUGUCAUGAGAUGGCUCUCCGUAUCAUCCUGCACAGUCUGGAUCAGAGAGCGGCCGUCUACCAGCGCUACAUCCAACCCCUGCUGUCCGUCAGCGUGGACUUCUACAUCAGAGUCUUUGUGCGAGUCUUCACAGGGCAGGCCAAAGUGAAAAACUCAGCCAGUAAACAGGCCGUGGUGUACAACUGUGUCGGCUGCGGCUCCUAUCACUUACAGAGGAUGGGUCGGAAGACAGUCAACGGGAAUCACAUGAAGUAUUCUCCAGCCAUCGGACCUCCUGUUGCACCGGAGUGUGAGCACUGUGGACAGAGACAUCAGCUCGGUGGUCCCAUGUGGGCGGAGCCUAUCCACGACUUGCCGUUCGUCCAGAAGGUUCUGUCCGCCGUGUCGGGGAACCCGUCCAGGUUCGGGACGUCCAAACGUAUCGAGGGCAUGCUGAGCAUGGUGACUGAGGAGCUGGAAGAUGUGCCGCUUUAUUACGCUGUGGACAGUCUGAGCAGCACGAUACACUGCAAUACUCCACCUCUGCUGCAGUUCAGGUCUGCUCUCCUCCACGCCGGUCACAGGGUUUCCCUCACUCACGCCUGUAAGAGCGGCAUCAAGACAGACGCCUCUCCUGCGGUCAUCUGGGACAUCAUGAGAUGCUGGGAGAAGGCCAAUCCAGUGAAGAGGGAGAAACUGUCUGAGAUGAGCCCCGCCUUCAAAAUCCUCUCUGCUGAGCCCAGCAUGGAGGCCUGCUUCACCAUAAGGGAGGACGCCAACCCUCAGUCCCGCAAACGCCACCUGACCCGGUUCCAGGAGAAUCCUCAGGCCUUCUGGGGACCCAAAGCUCGCGCCAAUGCGGGCGGCGGCAUCUCUUUCGACCUGCAGGACAGGAGGAAGAAGGGCCAGAACAAGAGAAAGAACUCUCAGCUCAAAGACUUCCCCUGCAAGAGGUUCAGACAGGGAACAUGCACCCAUGGAGACAAAUGCUGCUACUCCCAUGACCUGGAGAAGAAGACAGGAUGAUCGACCUCCUCCUGAGUUAGUCUUUUUAUUUUUAUGAUUUCUGGAGUUUGACCGUCUCUGACCGUGCAGGCUGGAUGAAGUGAGCAUGGUGCAAUCAGAUUGUAUAAAGGACAUGAAUCCCAGAGCUGUUAACACCCUGAACUUUAUGAUUCAGAACAUGGCUGAGCUUUCUUUUUUCAGUUGUAGGUUGCUGGUUUUUUUAUUGUAUGUUUGGCUGUUGUUGCAGUCCAAUAAAGUCCUCAUGCUGACUUUAAA